AUGCUGACAGAACUUCACAAGCGCAUAGGUGUUUUCGUCGGACUGGUGACUUGCCUGUUGCUGCCGAUGUGGGCCUCCGAGCUGUACUGCUACGUAGUCUUGUGCUGCUUUGUCGCUGGAGGAACGCUGGAAUAUUGGACGGCCGUUUACAGCCAUGUCUCCUCACGCGAGGACUGGGCUGUUUAUGUCAUCUUGUUCAUGGCUUGGGUCCUGCCCACAGCAGCAGCACUUCAAGUUUACAAUGGUGUUAUUGGGCACACUCGUUUAGUGGAAUGCCUGAUAAUUCAACUCGUCGUGGGAGAUUCUGCGCAGCUCAUAGUUGGCCGGAGCAUCGGGCAGCACCAUGUGUGCGUCAAGCUCUCCCCAAAGAAGACACUUGAAGGCUACAUCGGAGGAUUUGUUCUGACAUUCCUUUAUGGAGUUAUGGUGCAUGGGUGGAGUCCGGCGAACAUUUGCGUUGUCUACGUCUUUGGUUGUGCUGGCGACCUGUACUUCUCCGCGAUCAAGCGUCGCCUGGGUAUCAAGGACUACUCUCGCGUCCUAUCUUCCCACGGUGGCUUGCUUGAUCGCAUCGACUCAUUCAUGUUUGCAGCGAAUGCGUUAGUGUGGAAGGCUGCCUUCCUGUCUCCAGACUGA